CCCCGCGUCCGCCGUAACUCCGCCCCGCGUGACGUGUCCGCUGUAACUCCGCCCCGCGUCACGUGUCCGCUGCGCUGCCAUGUCCGGGCGUCGCGGGUUGUGGGCCGCGCUGGCGGCUCGGGACGCCGUCGGGCCUAGACUGGGUGUUUUUCCAUAUGCAGGUUCUGCGCUCUGGAACACCUGGAGCUCAUUCAGCUCCAAAACUGUGGGCCAUGAGGGACUCAAAAAGGAGCCAUUAAAAAAGCCUGAAACACCCGUUGGCCGCUUUGAUCGUCCACAACAUGACCCUCUGGGAGGAGAUCUCCUGGAAAGGUUUCCUGAGAACAUCAAUCCAGUCACAAAGGAAAAGGAUGGGCCAAGAGGCCCAGAACCUACUCGUUAUGGAGACUGGGAGCGAAGGGGACGCUGUAUUGACUUCUAGCGUUUCUAUUGUGCAUAAGUGAGAUGUUGCUUGAAUAUUUUGUGGUUAGCAUGUACAAAUCCAGCUCUGACUUGAUAAUGCUGCUUUGUUCAUGUUGAUCGGUAGAGGUCUGUAAUUUGGAAUAGAUGAUACACUGUUUCAUGGGAUUACUCAGUUCGCUGAAAGGUAGAACAGUGCUUCACAGUUUCUUUGAAGCAAAUGACCUAUAUAAUUAAAAAAAUUAUUGUAUUCAUAAUUCAGAGAUUUGAUCCUAAUUUCUAGAUGAGUUGGUGAUCUUGCAUGCACUUCCUAUAUGUGUGCUAAUGACAUUUUAGUACAAAGGCAGCUGAGUGUGUGUUGCAUUUCAGACAGCUGCUUCUAGCCACACCUACUGUGAUUCAGUCGCGAUAGGCUCUGCCCCAUGUGAUACAGAUAUUCAAUUGCCAAGUAUGUGCAGUCAUUGGGUGGUGUUCUUCACACUGAUUGUAUGUGGCUUGAAAAAACAGUCCCUGUAGAGUGUUCUUUGUGUUAUGUCACCGUUAUUGUUUCCUGUUACUCAUUUUGGUUUCCACUGUUCAGAAGGAUAUGGGUUAAACACAGGUAAAUGGGAUUAGCGUGAAUGGUUUGCCUGGGCGAAUUGGAUCGAAGAUCCUUUUUCGUGCUGAAUGACUCUUUGUUGGCAUGAAAGAGCUACAAAGCUGUUGAUCCACUGGAGCUGAUUUGAAUGAAUGAAUCAGUUAAAUUGCUAAAUGUUCCUUUGGUAUAAAAUAAAGCAGUUUUUUUU